AUGUCCCGAAAUGAAGCUGCCGCUGUGUCAGGUAACCGAAAAUGGCACUCAAAGUCUCGAACCGGCUGCCAAAGUUGUAAAACGCGCAAAAUCAAGUGUGACGAAGAGCGCCCCUCCUGUAGGAAUUGUCUAAAGCGUAGUCUGCAAUGUGGUUUUCUCCAGAGGGUUGACCACCCUCAUCCCGCCCAAGCACCAGUCAAUCUACAGCUUGAGCUUCUCCAUCACUACACAGUGUCAACAUGCUACACACUUGCCAGCGACCCACAAGUCCGAGAUGUUUUCAGAGUCCUCGUACCACAAAUGGGCUUUGAGACAGAUUACAUCCUCAAUGGUAUUUUAGCGCUUUCAGCCAUUCACCUAGCGCGUUUCAACCCGUCAAGACACGAUGAUCUCAUUGAACACGCCACUGAGUAUCAUGCUGUAUCUUUGAGUAAAGGAUUACCACUAGUGUCAAACAUUACGCCCCAGAACUGCAGCAGUCUAUUCAUUUUCGCUCUUUUAACUCUCUUUUACAAUCUCGCCAGACCAAGGGGCUCUGAUACUAUGCUUAUUCUUGAAAAUGGAGUAGUUCCAGAAUGGCUAUACCUGCUACGGGGUAUUGACGGGCUCCGCAGAGCUGAAGAAACCCUAAUGAACUCUCCGGUGUGGAUUAUCGCUCACGAAACACAAAGAUCCGAGGACUUCUGGUUAGAACACUCUCCUCAGCCUAACAAGCCGCUUGAUGAGCUCGAGGCCCGCAUCCGGAAGGACCUCUCAGAUGAACAGCAUGCACCCACUGUUUUAAUUCUUAUUGACGCAAUUUCAAAGCUCCGGCGCAGCUAUACGUUUCGCGAUGAUCCUAAUUUCAAAAAUGACGAUAAGAUGCGAGGGCUCUAUCAGUGGCUUUUCGAAAUGGGAGACGACUAUUUGUGGCUGCUUAAAGGUGGGAACAACGAAGCGUUAUGCGUAUUAGCCUACUUUGUCGUUCUUGUUCGAGAGUUAGAGAAAUGCUGGUGGAUGGAAGGCUGGGCGAUACAUCUCAUCCGACGGAUCCAUUCCGUUGUCAAUGAUAAAUAUAGGAUUUGGAUCAGAUGGCCGAUGGAGGAAAUUGGAUGGGUGCCAGAAACUCCCAUGCGGCAGACUGUUGGGGAUUUGUAA